CUCCCUCUCCUUCGCAUCACCUUCUCUGCCAAAAAUACCGUUCCUCGUCCAUUUACGACAAGACACGCCAUGGCCACUUCUAACACAAGAGUAGACGGCGGACCUUUUGACUUUGACUUGGGUCUACGUGGCCGCUGGUUGCUCUCUGCAAUCACCGUCUGCUGUGCCUCAGGCUUCCUCCUUGUAGGCUACGACAAUGGAGUCAUGGGCGGUCUUGUUGAGACGCCUGCCUUUCGGGAGACUUUCAACGAGCCCAACGCCUCGACAAUCGGCAACAUCGUGAGCCUAUACGAAAUCGGGUGCUUCUUCGGCGCCAUCUCUACCUUUAUCACGGGAGAGCGAUUUGGCCGACGCAAGACUAUUCUGAUCGGCAGCGCGCUGAUGCUCUUCGGCGCAAUCGUUCAGGCUGCCUCUCACACAGUCGGCGUCAUGAUUCUUGGCCGGCUGAUCAGUGGCUUGGGCAUGGGUGCCAUCAAUGCCACCGUGCCCGUGCUACAAGCCGAGAUGUCACCUGCAUGGAAUAGGGGUGCCUUCGUCGCUCUUGACCUGACGGUUCUCAACAUCGGCAUCGUCCUCAGCUAUUGGGUCGACUACGGUUUCAACUUUGGCUCGUCCCCCGCGAACAAGGAUAGGAUGGGCACCGCGGUCUGGAGAGUUCCCAUCGCUCUCCAGUGCGUCUUCAUCGUCGUCGUUGCCGUGUCGGCAUUCGUUAUUCCCGAGACGCCGCGCUGGCUUGCCGCAAAGGGACGAAAGCACGAUGCCAUUUCCGUCCUCGUACGGCUCCGGGCACGAACAGCGAAUGGCGACUUUAUAGGGGUACAAGAUGACUUCAACGCCAUCGAGGAGGCCGUCGCCCAAGAGCGCGCGACCGCGAACAGGGGCUGGCUUUCUCUCGUGAAACCGUACGGAGAUUCAUGGCGCGACGAUUCCAUGCAGACCCGGAAGAGGCUCCUCCUCGCCUGCUUUAUCCAAGCAGCUCAACAGCUUGGCGGCAUCAAUGCCCUCAUCUACUACAGCUCCACUCUCUUUACUCGCUCGAUCGGUAUGGCCAAAAAAGAGGCAGCACUGAUGAGUGGGGGUCUCAACAUGUGCCUUAUUCUCGGCAGCACGCUCUCUAUCUUUGCCAUCGACCGCAUCGGUCGGCGGCGGUUGCUGCUGCCCUGCAUUGCGGGCAUGUCUCUCGUCAUGAUCAUCCAGUCGAUAGUUAUCAAGAAGAUCGGAGACGAUGCCAGUGCGUCAAAAGUCUACGGCCGGGUAGCCUCGUCGAUGCUGUUCCUCUUCGCACUAUUUUUCAGCCUGGGCUUCCAGGCUACCGUCUGGCUCAUCCCCUCGGAGAUCCUGCCCCUCACGAUCCGGACCAAGGGAUCUGCUCUGUCUACCGCAAGCAACUGGAUUUGCAACUUUGCCAUCGUCAAGCUAACCCCCUCCGCAAUCGAAAACAUCGGCUGGAGAACGUAUGUGAUCUUCGCGAUCCUGAAUGCCGCCUGGCUGCCCGUGAUAUACUUUUUCCUGCCCGAGACGAUGGGCAAGACACUCGAGGAAGUCGACCUCCUCUUUCUAAGGCGGGCCUGGGAAACCCAAACGAUUCGCUGGAACGCACAUGAUGGUGAGGCUUAUGCGGGGAACUCGACGAGCGAAGUGGUAAAAGACAUCAAAAGGGAAGAUCAAGAUGGCGCCUACAAGGGCGUAGGAGCUAGUCCCAUCCUUCUCAAGACGUUGAGCGCCUGA